GCGGCUCUCCAAUCCCACUCAAUGCCUCACUUCUACAUCAACAGAUGGAAUUGGGCCUUAGUUCAGACGCCAUCCUAUUGAACCAUUCACAAUCACGAAUUCACGAUGCCUCAUUCCAAAGCUCUCUUUCCCCUCUUCUUCUUUUACUUCACCAUUCUCACCACCGUCGUCUCCGAUCAUCUUCCGGCCACUUCCUCCAAACUGCUCAUCUCCUCCGAUGCCGUCUCAUUGCUCUCUUUCAAGUCCAAAGCCGACCUCGACAACAGGCUCCUCUACACUCUUCACGAGCGCUUCGAUUACUGUCAAUGGCAAGGCGUCAAGUGCGCGCAGGGCCGAGUCGUUCGGUUCUUCCUUCAGGGCUCUGGCCUUCGUGGCGUCUUCGCUUCCGACACCCUCACUCGCCUCGACCAGCUUCGAAUCCUCUGCCUCCGCAAUAACUCCCUCUCCGGUCCCAUUCCCGAUCUCUCUCCUCUCUUCAACCUCAAGGCUCUUCUUCUCGACUACAAUUUCUUCUCCGGUUCGCUGCCUCCCUCGUUUCUUUUGCUUCAUCGUCUUCGUACCCUUUCUCUCUCUUAUAACAACCUCACCGGUUCAAUCCCUGUCGAGUUAGUUAAUUUGGACCGUUUAGUAACCCUCCGCCUUGACUCAAACCGCUUUAAUGGAACCGUUCCGCCGUUGAACCAGUCCUCCCUCCUUAUCUUCAAUGUCUCCGGCAAUAACCUCACAGGGCCGAUUCCGGCGACUCUCACUCUUGCUCGAUUCCACAUGGCGUCGUUUUCGGGGAACCCAGGUCUAUGCGGGGACGUUGUUUCCAAAGCAUGUGAUCAUCCUAGGCCCCGAAUCUUUGGUUCUUCCAAUGCCACUGGUUACUUGGGGCAAAGCGCUGAAUCACAGGGCAACAUCGUCGUUUCCUCACUGUCUAGUAAAAAGCACAAGAGUAACAGCCUGAUUCUUGGGUUCGCCAUUGGUGCAUCGAUUCUGAUUUCGUCUUUUGUAGGGCUUAUCGCGUUGGUUAUGGUUAGUAAACGGAGUGUUUCGAAAAAUUUAGAAAGCCCAAAAACGGCGGCAAUGGAAGCUAUGGAUGCUCCUCCUGGGAAGAGAACAGAGGAAAUCGACGGAGCUCAUCAUAAUAGUGAGAAUUUGGUGUUCUGUUGUGGGGAGGCGCAAUUGUAUACGCUGGAGCAAUUGAUGAGAGGGUCGGCCGAGUUACUGGGUAGGGGUAGCAUUGGGACUACGUACAAGGCAGUGGUGGAUGGGAGGCACACUUUAACAGUAAAGAGGCUAGAUGCUGGUAAGACUGCAGGAACAAAUGGGCAAGUGUUUGAGCGGCACAUGGAAAUGGUGGGUCGGCUUCGGCAUCCAAAUUUAGUACCGGUUAGAGCUUAUUUUCAGGCUGAAGCAGAGAGGCUGGUGAUCUUUGAUUAUCAAUCUAAUGGCAGCCUCUUCAACCUCAUUCACGGUUCAAGAUCAGCAAGAGCAAAGCCUCUUCAUUGGACAUCAUGCUUGAAGAUAGCUGAAGAUGUAGCUCAUGGACUUGCAUAUAUACAUCAAACAUCAAGACUAAUUCAUGGCAACCUAAAGUCCUCAAACGUCCUUCUUGGAGUGGACUUUGAAGCUCGUGUUACAGACUAUAGUUUGUCCCUCCUUACAGACUCUUCAACCAUUGAUGAUCCUGAUUCUGCUGCCUGUAAAGCACCUGAAACUCGCAACACUAAUCGCCCACCUACCUCUAAGUCUGAUGUCUAUGCCUUCGGGGUGCUUCUACUGGAGCUACUAACUUCUAAAUACCCUUCUCAACAUCCUUUCCUUGUGCCCAUGGAUGUGCAGGAUUGGGUCAGAACAAUGAGAGACGACUAUGGUGCUGAAGAUGAGCAGUUAGGAAUGCUCACAGAGGUCGCUAGUAUUUGCACUGUUAUAUCACCUGAGCAGAGACCAGCUAUGUGGCAAGUCUUGAAGAUGAUACAGGAAAUAAAGAAGAGUGUAACGCUUGAAGCAUCGAUCUGUAGACAACGGCUUCCCUGUUCUUAGUGACUAAGCUUGACAACUCCUGAAAGCAAAUAUAUAUAUAUAUAUAAAUUUUGGUUCCUUCAAGCUCAACUGUCAAGACAGCAUAUUGAAUCAGUAAAAUGCAUGAACUCAAAAAGGGAUGUAAUACACUGCUGCUUGGUGAGAAGAAUCAACCACCACUUUUGAAUUCAUACUCACAAGCAGUGGUUAUUACAGGUCAUGAAGGAUGGAAUUAAAUGACACCUUUGUCGGGUGUGCAAAAGCAAACUCAUGAGAGCGCAACUUUCGCAUUGGUAACCCCUAUAACGCUUGUCCCUUCCUUUUAGUUAUUUCGUGCAAGCGGCAAGCCUAUCAACUUGUUCGACGACGACUGGUUUGAUAACUGCACAUGCUACUGGAUAGCUUACAUUAGUUGUGCUGGGGCCCAAUUUAAUUCAAUACUGUAUUAAUUUGUAUAAAAUAUUUCAUAAAAACUUAUUCUAAUUUUAUUAGAUGUCAUUUUGUAAUUUUUAUAUUUUUUUAAACAAA